AUGACCGGAACGCAAGACAUCUCUCCCUUGUUCCAAACUGCUGAUGAGCAAUCUGAGCCAAUCAAAGCGGAAGUUAAAGGUAACCUCCCCUCAUGGCUGACCGGGACCAUGAUAAGGAAUGGACCUGGUAGAUUCGAGUGUGGUGACACGUCGUUUAAUCACUGGUUUGAUGGCCAAGGUCUGCUACACAGCUUUCACAUACAAGAUGGUCACGUGACUUACAGCUCCAAGUUUGUACGAAGCGAAAGUUAUGCAGACACAAAGAAACGCAAAAACUCCAUUCAUCUCGAAUUCGGCUCUUUUAUUGCCCCAGAUCCCUGCCAGAAUAUCUACGACCGUUUUGUGUCGAAGUUUUGGAUGAGUGAAGUGCCUUUUGACAACGCAUUUGAUUCCGUGUUUACCUUGAAGGACAGAGUCUUUGCAGCAGCUGAUUCCAACAUCAUAUUUGAAAUCGAUCCCAAGACCUUGGACACUUUAGAUAAGGUCGAUUUUGCCAAAGAGUUUCCAGGUGACGCCAAGAUCAAAUUCACCACAGCACAUCCCCAACACACUGAGGAUGGUUCACUUAUCAACAUCUCCGUGACACACGCUAAAGACUCUAUGUACGAUAUCAUAGAAAUCCCAGCCUCCAAGACGGGAAAGGACGAGCAUCCUCUGGAGGGGGGUAAAUUGAUUUGCUCGAUCCCACCCACCAACGGAGUUGGGUAUAUCCACAGUUUUUGCAUCACCGAGAACUAUAUCGUGGUUCCUGAAGCACCACUGGUACUGAAUUUGUGGGAAGCUUACGUUCACCGGUUAAAGGAGAGUGGUGUCGUUGAUUGGUUCCAGUGGAUAGAAAAUGAACGUGGCAGAUUCCAUGUUGUCGACAGGAAGAAAGGUACUCACGUUGGAAUAUUUACAGCUGAUCCGUUUUUUACGUUCCAUCAGGUCAACGCUUUCGAAAGGGACGGGAAUAUUUAUGUAGACACUUGCUGUUUCCAUGAUCACACAAUCAUCAAACAGACAUACUUGCAUAACAUGCGAUCCACCAUAAUCCCAGGGGUAAAGAAGCUCGAUAUCCCUGACAUUCGACGCUACGAGCUUCCUCUCAAAGACCUCGGAGAUGUAAAGUAUGGAAAGCCCCUUGAGAGAGGACCUGACGGCCUGGAUUAUACUAUUCUACAUGCCGGCGUGGAAUUUCCAAUUAUUAACGACACAGAAAAGAAUGGCAAGCCCUACAGUUUUUUCUAUGGUGUAGGAGCUGAUGAUCAAAAGUGGUUUAGUCACCUGGUGAAGGUGAAUACAGAGACCAAGGAGUAUGUCACGUGGGGAGAGCCUGGAGGUUUUGCGUCAGAGCCUGUAUUUGUCAAAGCGCCUGAUGGGAAAGAUGAAGAUGACGGUGUGGUGCUGUCAUGCGUAAUAAACAUCCCAGAGGAGACCACCUACCUUUUGGUGCUGGAUGGUAAAGAAUUCAAGGAAUUGGGGCGAGGUGUAGUAAAAGGAAUUACACCAAUGAGCUUCCACACCGGCUUCUUCAAAUAGAACAUAAACUCGUAUGU